GAAGACGCCUAUAAUACCUGGAUUUCAUUUGAAGUCGCAAUUGGUUGAGGAAAGCUGUACGGUAAUGUUGGAGACGAUGGAAGACAAUUAUGAUACAAACACGAGGACGGUAUAUUGUCUGCCGGGUAUGCCGGCAUUGCCUCGUGAAACAGGAACAAGGAACAAGGUUCGUGUUCCAAGUUCGAAAAUCAAUCUUUGUGCUAGAAGAGCUAGUAUUAAUUCGGAUUUGACGAGGCGGUCGAAAAACAGUCGGGAUCGACGUCUUGCUACAUACUUGCAGAUUCCAGAGCACUUCCCUGCUUUGUCGAUCCGGCUCUCGGAAGUACUCGAUGGUAUUGGAGCCGGCAAAUUCACCGUAAUGGAGAGGAGGGAAACAUACUUGCUGAGGGAGAGCAUGGAGACGAUAACAGGGCAACUGAGGGUGGUUCAAGUUGAGUGUUUUCAUUUUGGGAGUCAAUCAGAAGGUACCACCACUCCUGGUCUUAAUUCUGAUACCGAUCUUCUACACAGUUAUUACCAUACAAACAUCAUGACAGACUGGAGAGACUGGAAGGCUGGGAUGGCUAACCUUCUGAUUCUUCAUGACGACCACAAUCCGCCGCAACAGUACUUGCUUCAGGUCAUCAUGCGAGACACACCGGAGCCGGAGACACGACUGUGUGAUGAAAGGUAUGUGCGGAAAGAUUCUGGGCAAGUACUGUUUAGCUCAGAACAAUGGAAAAAGGAAACAGAGGAGCAGAUAAAUAAAGAUAGAGGAGAAAUAACCAAACAUGGACCUUCUGUGAGUAAUUUACCCAACUGGGAUAUGGUACACGCAUUUCACCUUUGUCAUCCUCUUCCUGAAAUACAAAACUGGAUAGACAGAUGUAGAGGUAGACGCUGGCCGCCUGCCCAAUUACUUGAGGCUGCACAAGUAGCUCCGUGUUUCCUGGUACCAGCCGGUCAUCCUGAUAGUGAUUACAACCGUGAAGAAUGGCGACUGUCUCCGAACCUUAUAGAACGAUUGUUGAUGUUUAGUUUUAGUAUGACACAAAUUAAAUGUUAUAUUGUUUUAAAAUUAAUUAAACAAUCCUUAUUUAGUAAAAUGGUGGGUGAUUUUACCACAAGUUUUCAUUGUAAAACUGUAAUGUUUUACAUCAUAGAGAGAACACACCCUUCUCUGUGGAAGGAACAUAAUCUUAUAUUCUUACUUUUACUAUGUUUACACGUAUUAAGAAAGUGGCUGCGAUUUAGAAAAUUCCCUCAUUAUAUCAUAGAAGGAGUGAACUUGUUCGAUGGGAAAAUGUCUUUUGCGCAGCAGAGUCGCCUUUAACAGUAUGUGGAAUAUUUGAUAAAGAGCGACAUGCACGAUUUAUUUUAUAUAGAUAUAGAUAAAUUAGGAUAUCGGUUACAAGGGUGUGGUAUACGGCACAUUGGACAAGCUGGGGAAGUGCUAGGAUGUGUAGGCAUACAUAACAUUAUCAGUUUAUCACUGACGUUUGAGCGCUUGAGGAUAUUUCUUAUUCUAUUAAGAAUAAUAACAUAUGAGGUAGAACAUUCGAAUACAAUCUUCGAGCAAGAUAUAAACUGUCAAUUACGCAAUUGUUUGGAAUAUUACACGAAUGCCAAAUUGAAAUCAGCUGCUUUAGAAUAUAUUAACCACCUGUUCGCAUUAUACAAUUCAAUGCAAUCAUCUAAAUAUUUGCGACAACAAAACCAUGCUUUCAGCGAAAUUAUAAGGCGUUUCAAAUAUUCUUUAAAAACGGAUGUAGCUUCUAGUCGCCUCAAGUUGGCGUCUGUGCUUUACUGUUUCGGGCAUCUUCAAGCUGCAGUUAAAGUGUUGGAUGACGUAGAGAGGAGGUAUCAUAGCAAGGUAAAGGCUGUGUGUGGAUGUAGACAUAACAAAGAACAAAGUGAUCUCCAGGUGUUUGCUAACAUGAUAUCAGAUAAUUGUGACAACGUAUUAUGUGAACGACCAUUCGCAUUCUGUGCUAAGUUUGUUAGAGAAGAAGCGUACUGCGCUCCAUACAUACUGUGGUUUGAAAUGAAGCGCAACAUGACCGAAGAAGAAGUUUCGCAGAGAAAUUUCGUUGAUAAAGAAUGGAUGCAUUACGCUGAGGUAGACGCUCGUCCUUUCCUUCACUAUCUACAGUAUCUUACGUAUGGAGGACUCGGUGAACGCGACAAACAGCUACAUGCGCUUGGAAUUCUCGAAUCUUAUUUAUUUGAUCGAAGAAAUGAAAUCAACAUAUACCACAAUGAGACAGCGCUCAAUUUGCUUGGACACUGCUAUGAAAUGGAAGGAGACUAUGAAGGGGCAUUACAUAACUAUUGGGAGUCGUUGAGUUGGAACCGAACGAACAAUGCUGCUAACUGGCACAUACAGCGUGUGCGUCGUCUGAUAAGUACUUAACAAUGAAAAUGACAUUUUGUGAAAAUACAAAAUACCUUAGAAAAUAAUUUAUUGAGAUACACACGGUGUGGUCAGCGUAUUCUCUUAGUUUAAUUUUUUAAUUGUAUGUACUAUUAAACAUCACAUUUUCCAAGAACAUACUAAGUGCACGGAUAUUGUAAAAUAUUAAAAUCGUACACUUUAUUCUAUUACAUUUGCAUUAGUAUGGAAAACGAGCGUUCCGUGAUAUUGCAAUAGAUACUUCUAAUUAAGUGUAGAUUUACUUUUUGUAGCUAGUUUAAGAAAACCUAUACCAAUAGAUUAUGUGUUUUCAUGUCAAGAAAUAAAUCAUAUCUGGGACUCUGUUUAUUAGCUCAAUAUUUUCGGUCUUAAAAAAACAAGUCAAAGAACACGAUUAACAUCAAAACACGAUACAUUUGAACAUAAAAAAUAACGUCUGUCAUGCAAAUAAACACAUGACGUUAAUGUUCUGCGCGUGACAGCUUUAUCCCGGAAGUGCCGAAAUUAAGCUCAUUUUACUCAUCGUGUGUUUUCUUUCGAUAAUUGUAUUAAUUAAAUGAUGACAUAAAACAUAAACUGAUCGCAUGUAUCAUAUACAUAUGUACACUAAUUAGUAUUUAUAUAAUAAACGUGAGGUUCAGACGGCAAAAGCAGCCUCAACCAUGAUCCCUAAAUAGUAUACAUGUUUGUUAUGUUGUAGUUUGUUCAGAGUAAAACAAAAUUUAGUUGAACAAUGAAAGUUUUUCUAAUUUUACAAUAAUCAAAAUCGCAAAAUCUUUCUCUCAGCAACAUCAACCUUCCAGUUUAUGUUACGUUUUAUUCAAAAUUUAGAAAGCAUGUAAGAAAUGUUAAAACAUUUGUUAGCCGUAAAUCCAUAGAACCAUUCAAAAAGCUAACCUCAUGCUUAACCGAUGCACAGAGUGUUAUAUUUGUCCCGCAUGACCGCAUGUGACGCUUCUCAACUAACCUGUGUAUUUUCACGCGGUUUAAGACAGGAAGUACUUUUGUUUCAUUUUUUGAAAACUCGUUCACAUUUACACCUAACAUUUGCAAACAAAUUCCUUUAUGUCGAAAACAGUGGACAAAAACAGCGAAAGUUAUCGAUGAUCGUCAUUAUUUUACGAAAAAAUUAAAAAAAUCAUGUGUGAGCAUAAAAUACAAAGAUAACUGGUAGAAAUAAUAUUUGAGCCACUCGUGAAAAUAUUAUUUUCUAUAUUCAUUCGUGAUUUAAAAUCUUUCAGCGAAUUCAACACAUAUUUUCUAUUAAAUACGUUUAAAGAUUUUUUCGAUUACUUGUGAACAAAGCGGCAUUGGUAAAUACAUAGUUUAACACCUAACGCAUUAAUAAUUAAAGGGGAAACUACAAACAACUAAGAACGAGUAUCAAUCCGUACACGCUGAAUAACUGAGAAGGUGGCGCGCACGAAAAGUCAAUAGAAAAUGUGUUCGACGUCAGGAACGAGAAAAAAAGAUAGCCACACAAAAGCAACGCCAGAUGAGACGACCCCCAUACCCACUGCUACGAUAUCUCUUCUCUUCGGACAGUUACCGCAACCAGCUCUGCCGCCAUAUAAAUGAAAACACAUGGGCAAUUAGUAGGCUACACGGCGACGCACUUAAAAAGUUAACAAAUUACUUACACGUGGAUUGAAUUAAUCACAAUUUAUGUCCUUGGUAGAUGUGCAAAGUAAACUGUAUGUGUCAUUAACAAAAUUAAUGGGAUUGAUUGAACUAAAUUAAUCUGUAACAUAUCUUUGUAUAGUGUGCUUCCCAUAGUCCAUCUCCAUCUGAAUAGAAAUGUUGCUUGUUCAUACAGCAAAUGUUUAUGUUGGUUUUGGAUACACAAGCACAAAUACAUAGACGAGAUUACACGGAAUGCAUGAACAUUAAUGCUUAUUAAUAUUAAAUAACUGACCGAAAUAUAAAUAUAAGAUGCAAUCAAAAGAAAUACGUAAAAUGGUGUUACCAGAAGCUAAACCUAACUUUCACUGUAAUUAAUAUAAGGAAACAACCCUGCAAUUAAAGAAUCAAUACCAUGGUUUUGUGCAGGAAAAUUCCCCUUAAUGCCAGAUUACAUCUACAAAAAAAUGUAUAUAUUCAGACAAUUUUAUUUUGAAAUAAAUUUAAAUUAAU